CGCCGGUCACGUCUGGGGCCGCCCGGCUGCCCUCGGCUUCCUGCCCCCCGCGCCGGCUGCCCCCUCCCCGGCCGGCGAGGGCAAAGUGGCCGCGGCGGCGCCAUGCCCGGGCCGGAGUGAGUGCGCGGGCGAAGAUGGCGUACAUCCAGUUGGAACCAUUAAACGAGGGUUUUCUUUCUAGAAUCUCUGAUGUGCUGCUGUGCAGAUGGACCUGGCGGCUUUGCUGUCAGAAAUGUUACGAAUCCAGCUGUUGCCAGUCCAAUGAGGACGAAGUUGAAAUCCUGGGGCCUUUCCCUGCCCAGACGCCUCCCUGGCUGGUGGCCAGCCGGAGCAGUGACAAAGAUGGUGACUCUGUCCACACAGCCAGCGAUGUCCCGCUGACCCCACGGACCAACUCCCCUGAUGGGCGGCGCUCCUCGUCCGACACAUCCAGAUCCACGUACAGCCUGACUCGGAGGAUUUCCAAUCUGGAUUCGAGACGUCCAAGCUCCCCGCUCAUUGACAUCAAACCCAUCGAGUUUGGGGUGCUCAGUGCCAAGAAGGAACCCAUCCAGCCCUCGGUGCUCCGCCGGGCUUACACCCCGGAUGAUUACUUCCGUAAGUUCGAGCCCCGCCUGUACUCCCUGGACUCCGGCAGUGGCGGCGGUGGCGGUGCAGAUGACAUGGACUCGCUGACGGACGAGGAGAUCCUGUCCAAGUACCAGCUGGGGAAGCUCCAUUUCAGCACGCAGUACGACCUUCUGCACAACCACCUGACAGUGCGGGUGAUCGAGGCCCGGGACCUGCCUCUCCCCAUCUCCCACGAUGGCUCGCGGCAGGAUAUGGCCCACUCCAACCCCUACGUCAAGAUCUGCCUCCUGCCCGACCAGAAGAACUCCAAGCAGACAGGGGUGAAGCGCAAGACCCAGAACCCCGUGUUCGAGGAGCGGUACACCUUUGAUAUCCCCUUCCUGGAAGCCCAGCGCAGGACGCUGCUCCUCACCGCCCUGGAUUUCGAUAAGUUUUCCCGCCACUGUGUCAUCGGGAAAGUGUCGGUGCCUCUGUGUGACGUGGACCUGGUCAAGGGCGGCCACUGGUGGAAGGCCCUCAUCCCCAGCUCGCAGAAUGAAGUGGAGCUGGGAGAGCUGCUUCUGUCUCUCAACUAUCUCCCCAGUGCUGGGAGACUGAAUGUGGACAUCAUUCGAGCCAAGCAACUUCUUCAGACAGAUGUGAGCCAAGGUUCAGACCCAUUUGUGAAAGUCCAACUGGUGCAUGGACUGAAGCUUGUGAAAACCAAGAAGACCUCCUUCUUAAGAGGCACCAUCGAUCCUUUCUACAACGAGUCCUUCAGCUUCAAAGUUCCCCAGGAAGAACUGGAAAAUGCCAGCCUGGUGUUCACAGUGUUUGGCCACAAUGUGAAGAGCAGCAACGACUUCAUUGGAAGGAUCGUCAUUGGCCAGUACUCCUCGGGGCCCUCAGAGUCCAACCACUGGCGGCGGAUGCUGAACACCCAUCGUACGGCCGUGGAGCAGUGGCACAGCCUGCGGUCCAGGGCCGAGUGUGACCGUGUGUCCCCAGCCUCCCUGGAGGUGACCUGAGGCCCCAGAGAGGGCGGCUUCCCUUGUCCACAGAGAUGUGCCAUUACAGACACUGCUGUGUGCACACUCAUCUACACGCUCACACUCCAGAUAUCCCUGUGUACACAUACAGUCACACAAAACACACCAGACACUCCUGUGUACACAUACAAACUCAUGCACACACACAUCAGACACUUCUUUGUUCACACACCCUCACACUCAUUCAUAUACAAGACACCCUUGUGUACAUACAGAUACUCUGAUUUACACACAACCACAUGAACUUACAAAUACCAGACACUCCUGUGUAUACACACACACCUGACACUCCUAUGUAUAUACAGAAUCACACAAAUUCAUACAUACCAGACACUCCUGUGUACUCACAAACAGAUACUCCUGUGUACAUACAUACACACACCAGACACAUACACAUUGCAUCUUCUCAGAACUGAAAGCU